AUGAACUUUAAAUUAUAUAAUCUACUGCUUCUUAAAAUUAUAGAAACAACAUAUUCUGAGGUAGACAAUAAAAAAGAUGAAGAAAUGGAUGAAGCAGAAAUAGAUGAACAAAUUAAUAAAACUUCUAUGAUACUACAUCAACUUUUAUCAGAAGCUGGUAUUAAUAUACCUCAAAGCUCAGAAAAUGAAAUGAAUCCUCGAUUAAAUGAUAAUAGUUACACAUCACAAAGUAGUUAUUGUGAGAAAUCCAGUAAAAAAACUUUAAAAAGAUAUGAUGAAAUAGACUUAAAACAUCAUUAUUCAAGAAAACCAUAUGAAAAAUCAUUAAAAUUCGAAUCAAAAAAUAAAAUAACAAGAAGAGAGAAGAAUUUUUAUAAAGAAUCAACAGAUGAAAAUGAAUUUGAUUAUUUAGAAUUAUUAAAUUUUCUAGAAGAGAGUGAUUCAUUUGAGAAUGGUUUUUAUAAAGAAAUAACUGAAAUUAUAGAAAUAACAGAAAAAAAAAUUUGUAGAGUUAAAAUUGAAACUAAUGAUUUUAGAUCACUUGUAUUUGAUUUUAAAGAUAGUGUUAAUUUGGAAAAUGAAACAAUACAAGAACAAAUACUUUUAUAUAAUUUAAAUAAUGACUCUAUAUUUAGAAUAGAAGAAGAAAUUACUAAUCAUGAUGCGUUUUAUUAUGUAUAUUGUUAUGUUGAAGAGUAUGCUGAAAUUGACCCAGAAAAUAAUUUAGAAAUGUUUAAAGUGCCUUAUUACUGUAAAGAAGAUUGUGAACAAAAAAAGAAUCUUUCAUUAUAUUUUAAGUUUUUUAAAAUAAAAAAUGGAUAUACAAAUGAUGAAAUUAAAAAAGUACCAUUUUAA